AUGCAUGUACGACCUGAGACCUCCGGCCGCCGACCACCGGGUUCUAGACGACGUUCCAGAGGCGAAUUAGCUCUGGGAUUGCUUCAAGUUGCCAAACUGUUGGAUGGUGGCCACGGCGACCCAUUCUUGCUGAACCCACCGAUUGGCAUCUCCAUUGUGCCGAGCAUCGUGAAGAAGAAGUACUGUGAGCCGAACUUCAACGCACUUGGGUUUCCUAGAGGUUCAGCUGUCCGUCACCCGUUGACCAUCCUCGAGGAGGUCAAGGUUCUUGACCAAGAGCCCCUACGCUACACGUAA